AUGGCUUUGUUAACAUCUUUGCUUUGGUUAUUCUCAUUUUCACUUCUUGUUGGCAUAGCAGUAGCCCAACAAAACAAAUCCCAUAUCAUAAGCUUGGGUUCUAAACUCUCUCCCAGCACUCACCCAAAUUCUUGGCCUUUACCUUCUGGCUAUUUUGCAUUUGGUUUCUACCCACAAAACAAUGGAUUUGCUGUUGGAAUAUGGUUGGUCAGUCAACCUGAAAAUAUUGUUGUCUGGACGGCAAAUAGAGAUGACUCACCAGUCUCCGCAAAUUCUACUCUGGAGUUAACAAUAGAUGGAAGGCUGCUAAUUCGAACUGGACAAGGUCAAGAAAGGCUCAUUGCUAACUUAUCAUUUUCAGACCCCAUAGAUUCAGCUUCGAUGCUCGAUUCUGGUAAUUUCGUGCUUUAUGGAAGCAAUUCUUCCGUUGUUUGGCAAAGCUUCAAUUUCCCAACUGACACUUUAUUAAUAGGUCAGAAUCUGUCCAAUGGCGAUGAGUUGGUCUCUAGCAUUUCCAACUUUGAUCACUCAAGUGGACGAUAUCUUCUAGCAAUGCAAUCUGAUGGUAACCUUGUUGCAUACCCAGAAAACAGUGCUCGUCAAUUAGAAGAUGCAUAUUGGAACGUUCAGCUUUUAUCUUAUUUUGGGUAUGUACAACUUUGUCUUGAUUAUAAAGGUCAACUCUACUUGAAAGACGAGAGUUUCACUUCCAAGAUAAACAGAUUAGUGAAGAGCUCUCAUCCCACGGAGAAGAAAAUUAUAAUAUAUCGAGCAACGCUUGAUGCUGAUGGAAUUUUUAGGUUGUAUUCCCACCAUUUUGAGAACAGCACUGCCUUAACUACGUCUACAGAUUACUGCUCAAGAUCAGGUGCUAAAUAUGACUGCCAUUGUUAUCCUGGUUUUGUUUGGAUAAACCAGAGUGAGAAAUUGUUAGGCUGCACUCUGAACUUCACAGAAGAUGUUUGCAGGAAAGAUAUCAAAAUUUAUUACAAUAUUACUGCUAUUGAGAAUACAUGGUGGGGCGACUUUCCUUUGUCUGUGGUACCAAUGACAAGGGAAAGCUGCACCAGCUCUUGCCAAGAUGAUUGCAAUUGUGGGGCUGUUUUAUAUGCAGGUGAAAAUUGCCAAAAAUACAAGCUUCCAAUCAUGUAUGGAAAAAGAAACAGAAACAUGUCAGCCACGGCAUUCUUCAAGGUGAUUUUGGGAGGUUCAGCAAGUCAUGGCGAUCCAGCCGGAGACAAGCUCCAGUCUCUAGUUUCUUCAUGUACUGGCAUCAAGUUCAUAGAAGAGUUAGCAAGAGGCAGUUUUGGAGCAGUCUACACAGGAAACCUACAAGGAGGUGGCAAAAAUAUUGCUGUAAAGAGACUAGAGAGAGUCGUUGAAGAAAGUGAGAGAGAAUUUCGAGCUGAAAUGACUGCCAUUGGAAGAACUCAUCGUAGGAACUGGGUUCAGUUGCUUGGUUUUUUCGUGGAGGGCUCCAGGAAGCUUCUUGUGUAUGAGUAUAUGAAAAAUGGUUCACUUGCAGAUGUUCUCUUCAAGGCAGAGAUCCAACCUGUUUGGAGAGAGAGAUUCAGGAUUGCACUAGACGUGGCUAGAGGCAUACUCUAUUUACAUGAAGAGUGUGAGGUUCAAAUCAUCCACUGCAAUAUAAAACCCCAAAAUAUACUCAUAGAUGAUUCUUGGACUGCAAAGAUCUCUGAUUUUGGGUUAGCGAAGCUAUUACAACCGAGUCAAGCAAGCACAGACGAAGGGCUUAGUGAGAUUGGAGGAUAUUUGGCACCCGUAUGGCAAAGGAAUACUGUGAUAUCUGUAAAAGCAGAUAUCUACAGUUACGGGGUUGCGCUUUUGGAGAUUAUCUGUUGCAGAAGCAAUAUAAAAAUAGAUGUACCUCCAGAUGAGAUAAUCCUUUCUGGUUGGGUAAAUAAUUGCUUUGUGGCCGGAGAACUGGACAAGCUUGUGGAAGAUGAAGAUGUGGACUUCAAAACCCUAGAAAGAACUGUGAAGGUGGGACUGUGGUGUACUCAGGAUGAUCCCACCUUGCGUCCUUGUAUGAAGGAUGUGGUCCUCAUGUUGGAAGGAACAAUGGAAGUGCCGGUCCCUCCUGCUGGAAUGGAGAAAUUUUAG